AUGGCAUCUGUGCCUCCUCAUCGUGCUGAGUCGCUGGCUCGUUCCUUCGACAACGCAAACCUGGACGGCAACUGCACAUUGGAGGAAGCCAUCGCCCACACCGACGGCAUGAAGAUCCUUUACCUGGAGAAGCCAAUGGUGGUGAACAAGGAGCCCGGUUCCAUUAAGCUAGGCGAUUUGCCAGCUAAAAUGGAAAUCACCGACUCCGUGAAAAAGAAGACGCAGUUCCUCGAUGUCAUUGCUGACCACGAAGGGCCUAUUGACUUGAAUGCGGUAGAGACAAUGUUCCUUCAACAACGGUAUGCCGACCUACCCGAGCCCGUGCGCAUGAAGGGGAACUUCCAGGCCCCCUACAACAUGCAGAUUUUCAUCAUCCCCAAGGAAGGGGGCAAGAAAGACAUCAUUAAGCACAUCAAAUUCCUAGAAGGUGCAAAGGUCCUCCACAGCUCCAUCAUCUCUAUGUGCCAGGGCGUUCCACUCGAGAUCGACUUGCAGGGCAAGUACCGCGAUGGUGGUCGAGGACUACAGUACAUGCUCGAGGGGCUGGGCGGCUUCCAGGUCCGCUACCAGAAGCUCGUGUCCGCCGGUGCCUCGAGCAAAAUGCCCAAAGAGACGGAGGACAUCCGCAAGGGCUUCGCCUAUAUCCGUCAGUUUGGCCCGGAAGAAAACUCCGACGGGCAAUUCACAGUGUGGACGGAGGAGCAGGUCAACGAUCCGAACGGCCCGCUCCACAAGUGGGACAAGGGGACCAUCAAGGAGUUCCUGAGGUGCCUCGCGGACCAAGGCUCUCAAGCUAAUACGAUCAAGGAGUGGCCUCUCACCUUCAAGAGCAUCACGCCGUGGGCUUUGAACACUAUCCUUGCACCGAUUCUUCCUCAUGUGAUGUCCCACUCCGUUAUCUGGAUUGGCAAGUCUCAGGUGGGUAAAAGCCCGGUGUCCUACACCCUCUCAUCUGUGGUGUCCGCAUAUUGGUUGAUUCAGGAAGAGAAGGAGGGCAGCCCUUGCUUUCAGACAUGCAACCACCUCGACUACUUCCGCAAGGAGAAGGGCAGGCGGACGAAACCGAGGGUGUUUGAUGAUGGCAACCUCAACCUGGAGCAUCCCGCAGGUGUUAAGGCAGUGACGGAGGUGGACGGCGUCGACAGGAAGACAAUGGCAAGAUACAACGCGUCCUCGUACGCGAAGAAUCAGCUAUGCCAGAUUUGCAGUAAUCCCUAUGACAGGACUGCAGAGCCGCCGAUGGACGCCAAUUCGACUCAGGACACCGUGACCUUCGAGCAGUUCUACAAGAUCGUGCGCCCCUCCUUCCACAGGGACUUCGAUGAAGAGGACCUUGUCGGUGUCUUCAAGCGAUCCACCUUCAUCGUCUUCACCGAUGUGGGCAUGUACGUACGUGUGCCAGGCACAGACCGCAAACCCGUUCCCCGGUAUGCCUGGCCAGAGCGGGAUAUUGGCAUGAUCUCUCCAUCUGCCCGACCCCUUUUGGCUGCCUACAAGCGCGGUAACCUCUCUCACUUGCCGGCAGAUCAUGACAAGGACAUGCAGUGGAGUUUGAACUUGCUGCAGGCUGCGCUGGAUGGCGAGGAGGUCCGCUAUUGUGCGACCACCCGUGGGAAAGAACUGUUCUCAGGAAGGGAGUACGUCAUUGAAGAUCGACCAACACUCGCGGGCAUUGAGGGCAAGACCAAGUACUACCUGGAUGCUGGCGCUGCCGUCGACGAGCCGCCCACUAAGAAGCUUCGAUCUGUGAAGUCCUCUUCCAACUUGCUCAAGGAGAUCAAGAACGAGAAUGCGCAGGAUGCCAAAGACGAGCCGAAGGACGAGGAUGAGCAGAAAACAAAAGAAGAACAGAAGGAGAACGAAGAUGCGCAGGAUGCCAAAGACGAGCCGAAGGACGAGGAUGAGCAGAAAACAAAAGAAGAAGAGAAGGAUGAGGACGUGCAGGGUAUCAAAGAAGAACCAGAGGAGACGCAUAAGGUGCACAUCAAGCAAGAGCCAGUGGAUCCCUCCUACUUUUCCAAGCCAUUGAACCUGCGCCCUCUGGUGAUCAACCUGUCAGACACGUCUGAGGAUGCAAGUGACCCAGCCUCUGCUGCACCGGCUGCAGCUGAUGCGGUGGACCCUGUGGAGAAGCUUUCUGACCCUACAGCUCCUCCAGCAGCCGAUGUGGUGGAUGAGACCAAGGUCCUUGUGCCUUUGCCGGCUUCUUCUCCUGAUGUGGUGGACCCUAUGGACGAGAUUCCCGACCAGUAUGACAUCGAGGCAUACCGAACCCUUUCCCAAGAACUCGCGGAUGCCAUGGACAUUGACGACAACUGA